UGUCUAAGUACGCACAAGUUGUGCCCCAUAUCCGAGAGGGCGUCUAUCCCUACUCAGCUGAUCGAAAUGACCACAUGUGCUUCUGGAUCAGGACUAAAGCUUAGACUUGUUUCUAGUUUCAACCCACAACGAAAGACAUACGCAGCCUUAACUUACUGUUGGGGAGGUCCUCAACCAAUGCAAUUGAGCCAGAACAACAUCGAGUUCUACCAGGAGUCAAUUACUUGGCGCGAUCUACCUGCUACCAUACGGGACGCCCUCGAAACCACUCAUCGUCUAGGCGUCCAGUACCUGUGGGUUGACUCCCUAUGUAUUAUACAGGACGCAGGGGACGACAAG